AUCUAAAAAUGAAAAUGAAUCUCAUUCAGCUGUAUUUAUUAUUUCUUAACAUAAACAGUAUUUUAUCAAAAGAAUAUUAUCAACUGCUAGGAAUACCAAAGAAUGCAGAUAAUAGAGAAAUUAGAAAAGCAUUUAAAAAGCUGGCUCUGAAGCUUCAUCCUGAUAAGAAUGAUGCAGAUGAUGCCCAUGAAAAGUUUUUAGAGCUGACACGCGCUUAUGAAGUUCUCAAGGAUGAAGUCCUGAGAAAAAAGUAUGACAUGUUUGGAGAAGAGGGACUAGAUGAAAACAAAGGGCAUGGUGGAAAUUAUCAGUCCUGGAACUACUAUCAUGAGGAUUUUGGCAUUUAUGACGACGAUGUGGAAAUAGUAACCUUAGAUCAAGCGGAGUUUCAACAGAGCGUACUGGAGUCACAUGAUAUUUGGUUUAUAAACUUCUACAGUCCAAGAUGUGGGCACUGCCAUGACCUUGCCCCAACAUGGAGAAGACUUGCAAAACAGCUUCAAGGUGUAAUAAGAAUUGGAGCUGUAAAUUGUCAGGAUGAAUAUUGGAUCUGCCAAAGACAAGGAAUUACAGGCUACCCGACUAUAAAGCUGUAUACAAUGAAGGAAGGUACGAAGAAGUAUCAAGGAAAUAGAGAUGAAGAAAGUCUCAUAGAGUAUGUUUCCAGGUUUCUGACCGAGAAUGUGAUUGAUCUCUGGUCUGGAAAUCUGAAUAAGUGGAUGAAUAAUCAAGAUGCAAGGUCAAAACCCUGGCUUAUAAUGUUCUGUUCUGAACAGUUAGGAUGUCCAGAUGCACUCACUCGUAAACUAGUGGGAGCUACUCUUCAUGGUCUUGUAUCAGUGGGCCUUGUAGAUUGUGAUCAAGACCUGUCUAUUUGCACCAAACUGGGAGGCAAGAAAAGCACUGGAUCUCUCAUGUACUUUUCCAGUGAUCCAACAACAACUGAAGGUGUGGAUAUUCCGGCUUCUAUUUUUGAUCAUGGAGAAAUAUCAAGAGAAGUGCUGGAAUUACUACCUGGGUCAACAGUUUUGGAUGAUGAUUCCUUUAGUGAAAUGCAAAGUCGUCUUCGCAAAGAGGUCAGCCCUGCUUGGGUUGUGCAGUUCGUGCACGGAGAUGAGGGCCAUUCGUUAGAAUAUAAGAAGCUGGUAUACUUGAUUCCGAGGCAAAGAAUGGGCCAACUUGACUGUGCCAUCUAUAGAUCUACUUGUGCCAAUCUAGCAGUAACGAAAUUUCCAACAUUCAUCGCAUUUAAGGUUGGAGGAGGUAUUGAAUUCAACUAUGGUAAAACUGGUGUCCAAGAUAUUGCCACUUUUGCUAGACUUGCUGCUCAGGCAAGAACCAUGAAAACUCUGUCCAAAGAGGAUCUAGCAGAGAUUUCAACAGGAGGGAAACAAGCCUUUGUGGAUUUCUUUGCACCUUGGUGUCCACCUUGUAUGAGACUUCUUCCAGAGUUUAGAAAAGCCAGUACUAUUAUCGGUAUUUUUUAUCCUUUUUUCUUUACACAAAUAAUGCUUUGUUUAACAUUUUCUAUAAUUUUUCUUUCAAAUGGAUACUAUAGACUUUGCAAUGAGCAUGGCAUCAAUGCCUAUCCGACCAGCAUCUUCUUCAAUGGCAGCAUUCGGCAUAUCUAUUCUGGAAACCAUGACGGAGAAUCUAUUGCUGAUUUUGUAACUGAUAUUCUUAGACCUAGCGUAACAGUUCUUAACAAAGCAAACUUUAAGCAGCUAGUUGGAGGGAAAUCAGCUGAUGAAGUUUGGUUGGUGGAUUUCUAUGCCCCCUGGUGUGGUCCAUGCCGACAGCUUGCACCUGAAUGGAGUGCUUUGGGGAGAAAGCUGGAAAAAUUGCCGCAUGUAAAGAUUGGAAAAGUAGAUUGUCAGACUGAGUCUGAGUUGUGUGAGGAAAAUGUUAUAACCGGCUACCCAACUAUAAGAAUGUAUCCUCUUGAGAGUAUUGGUAGCAGACGCUAUACCCCAUACCAGCAGUAUCAUAGGGAUGUUGAUAAUCUAUACCAAUGGGUAAUGGAGUCACUUCCAAGCAAUGUGGAAAAUAUCACACCAUAUGUGUUCCAGCAUUCUGUAGUACGAUCUGGAAAAUUAUGGUUGGUUGAAUUCUACGCCCCGUGGUGCGGGUUUUGUGUAAAGUUUGCACCAGAAUAUGAACAGGUUGCAACGGCGUUAAAAGGAAAGGCUAACGUCGGAAAAAUAAACUGCGAAAGGUACAAGCAAAUUUGCAAACAGGCAGGAGUAACUGGUUAUCCAACAAUAAGAAUAUAUCAAGGAGCUGAUGCGGAGGAGGAUUAUUUCUCACAAAAUAUUAAUUCCAGGGACCCAGAUACUAUAGUCGGGGUAGUUGAAGAAAUCCUAAUCAAGGGGAAAAGUCUUGAUGAAAAACCUGAAGAUGACUCAGUAGAUGAUAAAAGAGAUAAUGAUUAUCAUGAACCAAUUUAUUACACGGAUGAUGACGAACAUGAUGAUGCAUAUGAUGAUGAAACAAUCAUGAUCAGAGAUGAACUCUGAACUAAAUUUCUUUCUAUUUUGUUCACUAAAACUUUUAAUGAUUUUUUAAUUGUUCCUUUUUUUCUUAACUUCCACUCUUAAAACAUUUCAUUUAAUCAGAUAUUUUCUAUUUUCCAUUUUGACUAUAAACAAUAACACAAACAAUUCACAACCUUUUAUCUCUGCUGCUUUAAAUUCGUCCACUGCUGCUUAAAAAAAUCUGUGAUUUUGAUAGGAGUGUCUCUUACAUAAAACAGGAUGUUAAUUUCAAACGAAUUUGAAAACAGUAGCUGAUAUUUUUUUCAAAUCAGUUUUAAAACUAAAUAUCCAUAGUCCUUUAAAUAAUAUUCCAUGUUGAGCUGUGAAACGUGAUCAACACAAACUGCAGUUGUUGGUAUUGUUUAAAAUAUUAAUAAUAUUUAUUAGUGAACCAGUUUGCCGCUUGAAAUUUGUAAAGCUCAGUAAAUUUUAAGAAAGCGCUUUAAAUUUAUAAUUUUAAAAUUUUUUAAAGGCAAUGUUGCAUACUUUUUUUAAUU